AUGUCUUCUCCUUUUAUCGUUCCCAGGAAAACAUCUUAUGCAGGGCACGUUUCAGCACCACGACCAAGUCCCGGAGCCCCAGAAGUAGCGGUGCCGUUGCUACCGCCGCCGUCGUUCCCCACGGUGCCGACAUGUCCCCCGCCGACGUGCGCCUGUGCUGCCACCCCGCAGCCGCCGGCGGGGUUGGAGAUCGAUCGGAGCAGUCCGCUGAACGGCGUCAUGUCCGGGUAUGCCGAGCAGGUGCUUGUCUGUACGGGUCGUGACGACUGGCCUUCGCGGAUUGAGGAGGAGGAUGGCGGGGAGAACCUCGCUGCCGGGCUUAAGGGUCUGUAUGGUCGUGGUGGCAUGUACAGCGAUCCCUUUCAUAACACCUCAGUCCUAAACGCAUCUUUCCCCUCCUCGCCAGUCCCCCAACGGACUGCUACAGACCAGCAGACCACGACGUCGACCUCCGUCUACCUCCUCCCCAGCUUCACGUACAUCCCCUGGGUGUCACGCGAGUCCACCGACAGCGUGCGUGCCCUUGUAGAGGGCUAUCUCCUCCCGACGAAGCCACACCCCGCGCACGACGCGCUGCCGCCUGCGCACCGCGACCGGCUCACGCGGAAGCCGGCUUCCCGGAAGCUGCUCCGCGGCGUGCGGGACGUGAGGGAGGUCAUGGUUCUGAUCUGCGGGCAUGGCGGACGGGACAUGCGGUGCGGGGUCGCUGGGCCGGUCUUGAGGGCUGAGUUCGAGGCGAGCCUGCCCCGGUUGGGGGUUCCUGUUGGUAAGGGGCCUGUGGUUGUGGAAGAGGAGGAGAAUGCUGGAAAGGACGCGGAAGAGUUUGCUACGACUGAAAGCGAUGGGGAGACGGUGACGGUUGGGGAGGGUGUGGCGGCGAGGGUUGGAGCCAUUAGCCAUAUUGGUGGUCACAAGUUUGCGGGCAAUGUGAUCGUAUAUAUUCCCCCCGGAACAAAAACACGAGACGGCGGAGACCAUCCGCUGGCGGGAAGAGGUAUUUGGUAUGGUCGAGUCGAGCCAAAGCAUGUGGACGGCAUCAUCAGGGAGACCAUCUUGGAAGGGAAGGUGAUUCAGGAUAUGUUCCGUGGCGGGAUCGACCAGGACAGGAAGAUCUUGAGAAUAUGAUGGAUUGUCGACAGCUUCUAUGUAUAAGGUAUUGUCAUAUUCUCUUAUACAUUGUAUCUUUGGUCAAUCUAGGUACGUACCUUACCUAGGAUGCCUUAAGGACCUUAGACACGAAGCCCGGACUCGGAGCCGAGCAUUCGCACAUGUUGUACCGCCAAUGAGAAUGAGCUCCCUCGCGAUGUCACGUGAUCGCGUGCGUUUUGCACCUCGGUUUAUACU